AUGGACGUGUUCCAGAAGGUGGAGAAGAUUGGAGAGGGCACCUAUGGGGUGGUGUACAAGGCCAAGAACAAGGACACCGGGCAGCUCGUGGCCCUCAAGAAGAUCAGGCUGGAUUUGGAGACUGAGGGGGUCCCAAGCACUGCCAUCAGGGAGAUCUCCCUGCUCAAAGAGCUUAAGCACCCCAACAUCGUCAGGCUGCUGGACGUGGUUCACAGCGAGAAGAAGCUUUACCUGGUAUUUGAGUUCCUCAGCCAGGACCUGAAGAAGUACAUGGACUCCAUCCCGGCCUCCGAGCUCCCCCUGCACCUAGUCAAGAGUUACCUCUUCCAGCUGCUGCAGGGAGUGAACUUCUGCCACUCGCACCGGGUCAUCCAUCGAGACUUGAAGCCCCAGAAUCUGCUCAUCAGCGAGUUGGGGGCCAUCAAGCUGGCUGAUUUUGGACUGGCCCGAGCCUUUGGGGUGCCGCUGCGCUCCUACACCCAUGAGGUGGUGACACUCUGGUAUCGUGCCCCCGAGAUCCUCUUGGGAUGCCAGUUCUACUCCACAGCUGUGGAUAUCUGGAGCAUCGGUUGCAUUUUUGCAGAAAUGGUGACCCGCAGAGCCCUGUUUCCGGGCGACUCUGAGAUUGACCAACUCUUCCGUAUCUUUCGGACCCUGGGGACACCCAGUGAGGCCAUGUGGCCAGGAGUCACCCAGCUGCCUGACUAUAAGGGCAGUUUCCCCAAGUGGACCAGUAAGGGGCUGGAGGAGAUUGUGCCAAACCUGGAGCCAGAGGGCCAGGACCUGCUCUUGCAACUCCUGCAGUACGACCCCAGCCGGCGGAUCUCAGCCAAGGCCGCCCUGGCCCACCCGUACUUCUCGUCCGCCCAGACUGCCUCGGCACCCCACCAGUGUGUGCUGGAGCGUCUCUGCCGCUGA